AACAUUGAAUUGUUAAAGCAAAAAUACAAAUUUGAUGAUGACAAUAGUGAAGGAAAACCGGAAGAACAAGAAGGAUCAACUGAAAAAUAUACAAUAGAAGGACAAAAUUUAGAAAUGUAUCAUCCAUCUCCGUUACAUACUUUUAAAAAACAUAUUGAUACAGUGAAUAAAGUAAGCUGGUCGCCUCAUAUCAAAUCAUUAUUUGCAAGUUGUUCAGAUGAUAAAUCCGUCAUCAUAUGGAAUUCAGUAAAUAUUAAAGAAGAUAAUGGAAUACAUUUUACACAUAAUUUACAUCGGUCUAAAGUUGUUGAUUUUGCAUGGCAUCCCAAUCCGGAUUAUGAUCGGACGAUUGCAUCAAUAUCUUCUGGUUCAGAAACGACUUCAGGAUUAUUACAAGCUAAUUCAGAUAAAAUGUAUCGAUGA